AUGUUUUCUCCCGAUCAAGAAAACCAUCCCGCCAAGGCACCUGUGAAAUAUGGGGAGCUCAUUGUACUGGGGUACAAUGGCUCUCUUCCGAAUGGGGACAGAGGAAGGAGGAAAAGCAGGUUUGCUUUACUGAAGAGACUUAAAGCCAAUGGGGUGAAGCCAAGUACUGUUCACAUUGCCUGUACUCCCCAGGCAGCAAAGGCAAUAAGUAACAAGGACCAGCAUAGUAUAUCCUACACUUUGUCAAGGGCACAGACUGUGGUGGUGGAGUACACUCAUGACAGCAACACGGACAUGUUUCAGAUUGGAAGGUCAACAGAAAGCCCUAUUGAUUUUGUGGUAACUGACACAGUUCCAGGAAGCCAGAGCAACUCCGAUACACAGUCCGUACAAAGCACCAUCUCGAGAUUCGCAUGCAGAAUUAUUUGUGAACGAAAUCCUCCAUUUACUGCCAGAAUAUAUGCUGCAGGCUUCGACUCUUCCAAGAAUAUUUUCCUUGGGGAAAAGGCUGCCAAAUGGAAAACGAUAGAUGGGCAGAUGGAUGGGUUAACGACAAAUGGAGUCCUUGUUAUGCAUCCACGCAACGGAUUCACCGAGGACUCUAAGCCAGGGGUGUGGAGAGAAAUAUAUCCGUUUGCGGGAAUGUGUUUAGCCUAAGAGAGACCCGCUCAGCUCAGCAGAGAGGAAAGAUGGUGGAAAAUGAAAGCAAUGAGCUUCAAGAUGGUUCCCUCAUUGAUCUUUGUGGAGCUACUUUGUUAUGGCGCACUGCUGAAGGGCUAUCCAGAACUCCAACCGUAAAACACUUGGAAGCACUGAGACAGGAGAUCAACGCAGCACGACCUCAGUGUCCUGUUGGCUUUAAUACACUGGCUUUUCCUAGUAUGAAGAGGAAGGAUGUUGUCGAUGAGAAACAGCCUUGGGUAUACCUGAACUGCGGCCAUGUACACGGUUUCCAUAACUGGGGGAACAAAGAGGAGCGGGAUGGGAAGGACCGGGAGUGUCCAAUGUGUCGCUCUGUGGGGCCCUACGUUCCACUAUGGUUGGGUUGUGAAGCUGGAUUUUAUGUGGAUGCAGGCCCUCCAACUCAUGCCUUUAGCCCUUGUGGACAUGUGUGCUCAGAAAAAACAACUGCCUACUGGUCUCAGAUCCCACUUCCCCACGGUACUCAUACUUUCCAUGCAGCCUGCCCAUUCUGUGCACACCAGCUUGCAGGAGAACAAGGGUAUAUCAGACUCAUUUUCCAAGGACCUCUAGACUAG